GGUGCUUAGAAGCGGAGGGAUGAGUUGACCUGAGGAAAGCUAUCCCUGAAAGCCCGGUGCGGAAUUGCUACCGCAUCGCUUCAAGAUUUGUUGAUCAAAUGCCGUCGAUUGCGUAGAUUGGUAGGCUCGUAAUGAGGCCGAAAACCGGUGGCUAGCAUGUUUCGAUUAUGAUUACCGAGGUUGAUAAAAGAGACGGGGUAGGACGAGGAAAAGAAAGGCGAUCGAACGAAACUCCUGUCAAGAAUACCAACACAAUAAUUGUUCGUGAUGACGUCAAAGCACAUUUGCAAAAUCGAGGUCAUCCCAUGGGACCACUCAAGCCCCGACCACGUACAGCGUAUGCAUGACCAACGAGUCGCUUGCGGAUGGCGAGCAGAUGAAGUUCCGGAGUGGAUAGAGUCCGCGAAGAGGGGAGGGAAGAUGUUUUACUGGGCUGUUUUGGCGGAAGAUGUUCCGAAUCGGAACGAGCUACUAGCACAGCAUAUUGCGACACAACCCAAGGAAGCAGAGCCUCUUCGAGAUACGGCUCAAGAGGUACGGCUCGCAAAACGGGAGCCAACGGGCAGAGACUUCCUGCCUGUCGGUCAUGUGGCGCUUGACGUCCAUGACCCUGAGGAGGAUGCAAAGUUAGGGCUUCCGGCAGGCACAGUUUGGGUGCACCAGCUUUUCAUAUCAAAUGCGCUACAGGGCGGCGGAUAUGGCGCUGCUACCAUGGCUAAAGUUGAAUCCAUAGCAGCGCAAGAACCAAUGAACGGGAAAUGGAUGGCAUUGGACACUCUAGCAAAGGAGGUGCCGGCGGAGAUGGGCAGCAUGACCAUUGACGUAGGAAUGGGAAACAUCGUACCGGUGACGUCCAAGGAAGAAUGGUAUGCUCGUCAGGGAUACGAGACAUAUAGACAAGGGCAUGGUUAUACUUACCAAGCUCCAGAUGGACGCAACAUCCAGCUACGGGUUUCUUAUAUGAAAAAAAGAAUUAACGGAGAGGACACAAAAUGUGCCACCCCAGGCUUAAGCAACACAUAGACCAAUAAGAGAAAAUUGGAAGUCUUUUUGAACGAGCUGGGUAAGCUCUAGGAUGGGCGAAUUGGACAAGAUAUGGAGCGCAGUAGAGUAGGUAGCGGGAUGGUGGGGAGAGCCGGGAGGAGCUGGAUA